AUGUAUAUAACUCCAGACAAGUAUCUCGAGACGUUUCGGGAGAUCAAGCGGACGUCGCUCUCCCACUCCUCGUGCAAGUUGGUGGUGUUCGUAUCGUGUCUCGAUAUCGACUCGCUAUGUGCUGCCAAGAUCCUCAGCUUGCUCUUAAGAAAGGAAUUGAUCCAAUACCAGCUCAUUCCGGUGGUGGGCUACUCCGACCUCAAAUCACACUACCUGAAGCUCGACCACGACGUCACCAAUGUGUUCUUGGUGGGGUGCGGUGCCAUGUUGGACCUCGAGACCUUUUUCGAGUUGGACCCUGAUGAGUUCCUCGUCCAGUCCAACAUGCCAGACGAUGACCUCCACGCCGACUUGCGUAACGAUGCCUUGAGGGCCAACAAUGUGGCCUUGAGGCGCAAAAUCUACAUUAUUGAUGGCCACAGGCCGUGGAAUUUGGACAACAUUUUCGGGUCUUCUAUGAUUUCGUGUUUCGACGACGGUUUCAUCGACGCAAACUUGAGUGGAGAACGGUCUGCCUAUACAAAGUUGGUGGAUACCGAAGAUAGCGAGGCAGAGUCCUCAGAGGAGGAGUCUGAACGGUCCACAGACGAGGACGAGGUUGCUGAGAUCGACUCGGACGAAGACUUGACCAUACAUUCACAGGACUCAGAAGAGACCACCUCCAGAAAACGAAACAAGCAAGAGUUACGAAUGAAGAAGAUCAAAAGGCAACGUAGGUUGGAAAAAUCCACCCACGAAGACACCAUCCAAACAUAUUAUAACCAGGGAACCACUGUAAUGACCACCACCUGUGCCACCAUCUACGCAUUCUUAUCAGCCAUUGGUGAAACCAGCAUUGAUAACCUCUGGCUAGCUAUUAUUGGGACCUCAUCUUUGGACAGCCAUUACCCCGAAGUUUACGAUAAAUUCCAACCAUUAUUUAAGGAUGAAGUGUUAAGAUUGAACCCAUCCAACCAAACAAACGGCUCCGAGAAAACCGCCGACACCACCACAUUGAGCAUCGAGCGAGAUUACCAUUUAUUCUUGUUGCGUCACUGGACGUUGUACGAUUCGUUCUUCUAUUCCAGUCACGUAAACUCGAAAUUAAAUUUAUGGACUGAAGAUGGCAAGAAAAAGCUCCACAAGUUAUUCGCCAAGAUGGGUGUUUCACUAGCAGUCGCACAGCAGAAAUGGCUCUACAUGGAUAUCCGAGUCAAGAAGCAACUCCCAUUGAUUUUCAACAAGUAUUUACCAUUGUAUGGUCUUGAAGGUAUUGUGCGAGACGGGUUUAUCAGAACAUUUGGAUUCACAGGGCAAUUAUCUGCCAUGGAAUGUGUGGAGUCCUUAACGGCUCUAUUGGAGUUGGACAAGCGGUUUUUGAACGAUGCUAGCUCGGGCAACGACGGCCAUGACGAGAACGAGGAAGAGUCGGACCUCCAGAACGAGGACGAAAGAAUUCAAGAACGUAUAGACAGAAAAGGAAAGGUGUGGGUCAAUAAUUUUUGGUCCUCGUGGGAUGCCCUCAACAGCACCUCAACAACCUCGAGCACCAAGUCCAUCAACUCGUUGAAAAAGCCCAAGGGGUUGGAACUUCUCCUUCAGGGCCUCGAGCAUGCAAAGCAAAUACAGCAGAUCAUCUUCCGAACCGGAAUGUCGUUGUUGGAAAGAAAACUCAUCAAGAACCUCAAAUUGUACCGGUUAUGUGUAUUAAAUGAUGGAUCCAUUCCCGAUCUCAAGAUCUUCAACAAUCCACUAUUACUUUCUAAAUUGGGGUCCUGGCUCUUGGAAAACAUAACUGAGCUAGAUUUCAUGAACCAGAACAAGUCGCUCAAGCCGUUGGUCGUGGCCAGCUUGGAUGUGGCGAGCGACACCUACUUGGUGAUAGGACUUGCUCCGAAGUAUCCCCGCGGCAUGGAUAACAAUACCAGGGCCAAAUUGUCGCAAAAUAAGCAGGACGGUCUGGGCGACACAGUCACCACCCGGUUGAACACCUUCAGCGUGGCGUUCCAGCAAUUGGCCACGAUAUCCGGCGCCAAGGUGCGGAUAGACAGUUUUGACAGCUCAGUGAUCGAAAUCCGGAAGGACGACCUACCCCCCUUUCUCGAGAGGCUUACCUUGAGCGGGUUAAUAUAG